UUUUUCGAUAUGACUAUAGAUAUGGCCAAAACUUUUUGUUACUCAUUGUUAAUCAUACAUAAAAAUGUGUCUCUGUGUGUAUGGCUACGGCAAUAGCUGGCUUAGACUCCAUCUUUAGGAAUAUUAUAUCUAUGACUCCGUCGAUGGAUGACGGAUGUGAAUGUAAUGAGAGUGUGCAUCAGUGUGCAUGUUGCGCGAUGAUUGUCACAAACGCUAUGCUACAGCAUUUUCGUUUUUUCUGUUUUUUCUCUUCUCCAAACCAGGCAAUAAUAGCAAGUAUUAAAUAUCUAUAAUUAAUUUGAUGGUUUGAUGUCCAGUUACACUAUUUUACAUAUAUUUUUUUAUACCACGACGGUGGCAAACAAGCAUAUGGCCCGCCUGAUGGUAACCAGUCACCGCAGCCUAUGGACGUUUGCAAAUCUAGGAGUGCUACAUGCGCGUUGCCGACCCUUUAAAAACCUGUACCAUCCUUUUUUGAAGAACCCCAUACUGUUAACCCUCGGGAAAACCUCUGAAGGGAGCUCAUUCCAUAUUUCAUAAUUUUCAUCAAUAUGUGUAACCAAAGUGGCGCAACGCAAUAACAAUCAACGAAGUGAGUUGGUCAGAUGAUAAGUCAACAUACAACAUGCGUCAAUGUAUCUGUAGAUACUUUUAUUUUUUGACUUUUUUUACAAUGGCAACACUAGUUCAAAAUGUCCGACAAGUCCGUCAUGCCCGUCAUUUCAUUCAUUCACUUGUCUACUAGCUAAAAAAAGGUCUAGCGACGGACGACAAGUGUUGGCAAAUUAGUGACGAGAAAUUUGUGUUACCGCUUUGUUUUAGCACUAAUUCCGUCGGAUUAGUUGCGAUUCCUGUGAAGCUCGAUCAAAUCCUGUGGGAGAUUAACAUAAUGGACCUCAGAUCCUAAGUCUACAACUCCUGUAUUAUUAUGGCAUCUGGAAACUCUUCUUUAGAGAGCAAUGGCAGUAAUGAGUCAAUGUCCCACACAUACGUGAGCAACGAGCGCCACAAUGCCUCCCAGCUGCCCACCAUACCCAUCCCCAUCGACUAUGACAGCAAUUACGACAAAAACUACGUAAAACACGGCCACGUCCACGCCCCGUACGAGUACGACGCGCUUAGCAAACAGACCAAUGAGAGCUUGAAGCAGCAGUGCGAGAAGGCACUACAUGAGCUGAAUCAGCUUAGGAGGCAGCAUACAGAGACGUCGAGGCGCUGCGAGCAUGUUAUGAAGGAACUUGAAUACUUCCGCGGACAGCACAGGGCAGCCAUGAACCAACUAGAAGUAUCCGCACAGGAGGCCUCCAGUCUCCGGGGGAAGUAUGGGGACCUGCUGAAUGACAAUCAAAGGUUGGAGCGUGAAGUACAACAUCUUCAGCAAAGUGGAACUGCGGAAGGCAGUUCUGAUGCCCUGGUACACACUCUCAGAAAAUACGAGGCACUUCAGGAGGAGUUUGAGUGCUACCAGAAGAGAUAUGACGAUCUUCUCGAGAACCACAACGUGACGUUAGAAAAGCUCCGCCUCAUCCAAGAGGAGAACAGUCGCUUGAAGACGCAGUGCCACGAACUCACGCAAGAGAGGAACGCUGUGAUCCGCGAGCGAAAUACUCUCAAACAGCAAGUAGCAAACGUAGUCCGCCAGUGGGAGGGCGGCGCCCGGGAGCGAGCCGAUAUGAAGAGGCUGACGGACGAGCGGAACGCGGCCAUGGCGGAGUACACGCUCAUAAUGAGCGAGAGGGACACAGUGCACAAAGAGAUGGAGAAACUCACCGACGACCUUCAGGCGGCGAUGAAGAGGGUGGCUGCUUUGGAAGCCGCGUUACAGCUCUCUAGAGAAGAGCAACGCGCACAAGCUUUACAGGCGGAGAGUCUUCGUCGCGAGAUCGAGUCCGCACUCGUGGACCGCGACCGCGCCAUCAAGGAGUGCACAGACUUGAAGACUCCACAGAACACUUCCACACUAGGAAAAUCUCGACAAGACAACUCAGCGUAUCACCACUUGGGGCUCGCAAGCGGUGUUGGUACCGACGGGUUCCUCAACGGACAACACUCCAAUGAUCCCUCGUUGGAUAAGUUACAAGGUCUAGUGGGCAUGUCCGGCGACGGCGCCGACAAAGAGCGCGUGGACAACCUCGAACAAGCCAACCAGGAGCUGCAGCGACUACGCAAGCAGCUCGACCGCGCUGUCGCAGACCUGAGUGACGCGCAACGCGAGGCCGAGGUAUCGAAACGGCGUCGAGACUGGGCGUUCUCCGAACGAGACAAACUGCUGCAAGAGCGAGAGAGCGUCAAAGCACUCUGCAACAGAUUACGAAAGGAGCGGGACGCCAUGGUGGGCGAGCUGGCCGACGCGCGGCGCCAUGGCGGCGCCACCGCCGAGCGCGCGCGCCGCGACCAUCGCGACACGGCUGUCAACCAUGAGAGGGGCGCCAUGGUGGGCGAGCUGGCCGACGCGCGGCGCCACGGCGGCGCCACCGCCGAGCGCGCGCGCCGCGACCAUCGCGACACGGCUGUCAACCAUGAGAGGGGCGCCAUGGUGGGCGAGCUGGCCGACGCGCGGCGCCACGGCGGCGCCACCGCCGAGCGCGCGCGCCGCGACCAUCGCGACACGGCUGUCAACCAUGAGAGGGGCGCCAUGGUGGGCGAGCUGGCCGACGCGCGGCGCCACGGCGGCGCCACCGCCGAGCGCGCGCGCCGCGACCAUCGCGACACGGCUGUCAACCAUGAGAGGGGCGCCAUGGUGGGCGAGCUGGCCGACGCGCGGCGCCACGGCGGCGCCACCGCCGAGCGCGCGCGCCGCGACCAUCGCGACACGGCUGUCAACCAUGAGAGGGGCGCCAUGGUGGGCGAGCUGGCCGACGCGCGGCGCCACGGCGGCGCCACCGCCGAGCGCGCGCGCCGCGACCAUCGCGACACGGCUGUCAACCAUGAGAGGGGCGCCAUGGUGGGCGAGCUGGCCGACGCGCGGCGCCACGGCGGCGCCACCGCCGAGCGCGCGCGCCGCGACCAUCGCGACACGGCUGUCAACCAUGAGAGGGGCGCCAUGGUGGGCGAGCUGGCCGACGCGCGGCGCCACGGCGGCGCCACCGCCGAGCGCGCGCGCCGCGACCAUCGCGACACGGCUGUCGACAAUGAGAGGGGCGCCAUGGUGGGCGAGCUGGCCGACGCGCGGCGCCACGGUGGCGCCACCGCUGAGCGCGCGCGCCGCGACCAUCGCGACACGGCUGUCGACCAUGAGAGGGGCGCCAUGGAUGGCGGGCUGGCCGAUGCGCGGCGCCACGGCGGCGCCACCGCCGAGCGCGCGCGCCGCGACCAUCGCGACACGGCUGUCAACCAUGUGCAGGAGAGGGGCGCCAUGGUGGGCGAGCUGGCCGACGCGCGGCGCCACGGUGGCGCCACCGCUGAGCGCGCGCGCCGCGACCAUCGCGACACGGCUGUCGACCAUGAGAGGGGCGCCAUGGUGGGCGAGCUGGCCGACGCGCGGCGCCACGGUGGCGCCACCGCUGAGCGCGCGCGCCGCGACCAUCGCGACACGGCUGUCGACCAUGAGAGGGGCGCCAUGGUGGGCGAGCUGGCCGACGCGCGGCGCCACGGUGGCGCCACCGCUGAGCGCGCGCGCCGCGACCAUCGCGACACGGCUGUCGACCAUGAGAGGGGCGCCAUGGUGGGCGAGCUGGCCGACGCGCGGCGCCACGGUGGCGCCACCGCUGAGCACGCGCGCCGCGACCAUCGCGACACGGCUGUCGACCAUGUGCAGGACAUAGAGUGGGAAGUUAUCGACGUAGAACUGAGCGGCCCCAACGCAGACGGCGAGCUCGGCGUAGAACUGGCCGGCGGUAGAGAUGAGCCUUACUUUCCCAACGACCCCAGCGUUUAUGUCACUUCGGUGGCCAAAGGUUCGGUGGCUGAAGGAAAGAUCAAAGUGCUGGACCGCGUGGUAGGCGGCGGGGCCGCCGGCUGGGCGCGCGCGGGCGCAUGCGCGGCGGCGCUGCGGGCCGCCGCCACGCGCGGCGCCGCGCAGCUCCGCCUGCAGCGCGCCGCCGCGCGCCGCCUGCACCGCCCGCUGCGCCGCGCCGACACCAGCGCCUUGCACCUGCAGCACGGUAUUUUCAUCAGUAAAAUAUCUCCGGGUAGCGCCAUCGCAAAAGACGACAUCUUCGUAGGGGAUCGCAUAGUCAGUAUUAACAACAGAUCGCUCGAAGGCAUGAAGAGCGUGUCGGAAGUGUGGGCACUCCUCAACGAGUGUCAAUAUGAAACUGUGACACUUACGUUGUUGCGGCCGCUCUAUCCCUGCUGCUUAGAUGCGAACAGACUAUCACUGUUUGACUCCAACGAAAGCAAAAUGCUAAGUCUUUGCUCGCAAACUGAAGACUGGUCUCCAUUUCUGCACCCACCUUCUGACUCUAAGGUCCACAUAGAGCACGGUGUACCGGAUUUUGACCGUCGGUACGUGUACCAUGUAGCGGCUGGAAGCCAGGGCAAGAUACAUCAGGAGAGAGGUACAUGGGACAUGAUCAGAGGGAAGAUCGAGGCGGUCACCGGACGCAGCAAGUCGAAGGACAAACAAAACAAGGUACCAGAGUCAGAUGCGAUAGCAGAGUUGGAUUCUGUCAUCGACAGCUAUCAUGGAAAAACAAUCAAAGAAACCAGCAGUGUCCUGAAACGAUCGCGAAGAAAAAACAAAGAGUCGCAGAAUGAUUCAAAAAAUGGAGGCACUUGGCCCAAAGCACGAGCUAACUUCGGCCUAGAGGAGAACCCUACUGGGACCAUCGUCCAACCACGCUCGAGGAAAGAACGACCACCACUAUCCAUGCUCCUCAGCCCACCCACCAAGCUGCAACCAGAACCACAAAGGUCUAAUACCAAUCGGAACUCAAACCCCAUACCCCUAGGUCACGCGCCCUUAACACAAGUCACCGCCCCAGCGCGACACUCCGUCUACAAAUCCAUAGAAUCCUCCCCAGCUAUCGCCCAUUUUCCCAAACCUGCCCCACUUUCUAUCCAUAAUCCCCAUCCCCAGUUCACGUCCCCAAGCAUGAACUUCGAGAAAAUCCGGACGCUUGAGAAAGAUAAAAUGUCAAUGAGCGACUAUUCUGAACAUGACAUCACACCGAACAGACUCAGCUUAGCUCUGAACCCUUCUGACGAUUCAUUAGACUUCCAGCCAGUGACAAGAAACAGAACUAAAAGCCCUCAUUCCUUAGACUUCCAUGUCAAUAAAGGACCAAGUUCUUUAGAUUUUAUUUCAAGAAAAACGCCAACAUCGCUCGAGCACCAGAUGAAGAAUCACCCUAUUCUAGAACAGUAUUAUGCUCCAAAAAAGUCUUCAUCGCCAAAAACUGUGAACAAAUAUCCAUCGGACAGUGACAGCUUCGGUCCUGACAGCUUAAAUAGCAACACCAAUUUUGCCAUGACAGGCACCUUGCCGUCCCAAUCGCGAUUACAAUCUCAGUAUUACAGAGGGCCUUUCGUAAAUUCUAAUCCUCACACAUCGAGUCGAUAUCCACAUUUAGCGAGCCCGACAAAUAUCCCUCAAAGUCAGUCAGGGGAAAGCAUCGGAACGAGCUAUGAAAUGCAUUCGUUCCCCUCACACACUCACAACAUGUCUGAUCUCCAGCCUGUACCUCGUGCAAAUAGAGUAUUAGGCGACUACCCUCACGUUUACGAAGGCGGCACAUUCCCGAGAAAAAAAGAGAAUCAGAGAUUCAGAAUCCCUUCAAAUCCUAGUGUGACUUCUAAGAAUUCGGCUGGAAAACUAAGCACAGGUUCUAUAGAGAGGAGUUCUGAGAGAAAUUCACCUAUGCCGACGUAUCAUGUAGAAAUCUUAAGUCCAGGAAGAGGAGCGAAGCAGAUAGCCCAUAAAGCGACUAGGAAUUCAAUGCCUGAAUACACUGGUUUAGGCUGGAAUAAGCCAUUACCAGGAGAACUUAGAAGGGUGCAUAUAGAUAAGAGUCAACAGCCGUUAGGCAUACAGAUCUACUGCCCACCAAGCAGCGGAGGUGUGUUCGUAUCAACUGUAAACGAGAACUCACUUGCCAGUCAAGUAGGUUUACAAGUUGGCGAUCAGUUGCUUGAAGUUUGUGGUAUUAAUAUGAGAUCAGCAACUUACAGUCUUGCCGCGAGCGUUUUAAGGCAGAUAGGCAAUUCGAUAACCAUGCUAGUGCAAUACAGUCCUGAGAAAUACAAAGACGAGGUCGAAGUGUCUGGGAGUUCAUCCUCAGGAGAAAGUUCUCAUGACGAAGAAGUUUCCCUCUCAGGAUCCCCUACCCCUAGAAAUUCUCCGGGCCCGCAGCAAUCCUUAAGAAUGGAAGCGCCGUCGACUGAAGUUGCGACUUUAAGACAAUCGCAGACGAGUAAAGACUUGCCGAGGUUUCUGAUAAUAGAAAUGAGAAACUGUUCCGAUCUAGGGAUCAGUUUGGUAGGGGGUAACGCAGUGGGGAUCUUUGUGCAUAGUGUGCAGAUUGACUCGCCCGCGUAUAAUGCGGGAUUGAGGACGGGGGACCAGAUUAUGGAGUACAAUAAUGUGGAUUUGAGGAGAGCGACGGCUGAGCAGGCUGCUUUGGAGUUGGCCAAGCCAGCGGAAAAGGUGUCCGUCCUAGUCCGCCUGGACCUGCAACAAUACCACGAAAUCAAGGAUAAACCUGGCGACGCCUUCUACAUUCGAGCCGGCUUCGACCGAUGUGCCAAAAUCACAUCUACAGGUGUCGAUACGAUAGACGAGUACUCGCUGUGGUUCCGAAAAGACGAGGUGUUGUUUGUGGACAACACCCUCUUCAACGGCGCUCCAGGGUUGUGGCGGGCGUGGCAGUUAGACUGCAAAGGACAGAAGCGGCAUUGGGGCACUAUACCCAGCAAGUUUAAGGUUGAAGAACUUCUUCGACGUUCCAUGGGCUCUCUUGACGGAGAAGCGCAAAGGCGGGCCUCAAGCACUGCGCGGCGCUCGUUCUUCCGCCGCAAGAAACAUCGAGACAGCAAGGAACUGGCCUCGUUUUCCAACACGGAGUUGGGAUGCUGGAGCGAUUCGGGCGCGCUCGUCUCGCACGACACUCUGCUCACAUAUCAGCGAGUUGAGAGGCUGCACUACGGCAGCCACCGGCCCGUGGUGGUGCUGGGCCCGCUGCGCGAGUGCGUGGCCGCCAAGCUGGUGUCGGACUGGCCGGGCGUGUUCGCGCGCGUGCGGCCCGAGCCGCUCGCCGUACAAGGAGCAGCCUUAGAACGAGCCUUAGCGAGAGGCACGCAUUUGGAGCCGAGGCCGAGAAGGGACUCCACGCAUUUCGACUGCAUACCGCUGCAGGCUAUCAAGGAGCUCGCUGAAAAGGGCAUGCACUGCAUUCUCGACAUAAGUGUAGCGACCAUUGAGAAGCUCCACAAACAACAGAUGUACCCUAUCGUCCUACUAAUAAAGUUCAAAUCGUGCAAGCAAAUCAAAGAGGUCAAGGAUACCCGGUACCCUGCGGAUAAGGUGUCUGCUAAGGCGGCUAAGGAGAUGUAUGAACAUGGACUGAAGAUUGAGAAUGAAUACAGAAGUUAUAUCUCAGCCGAAAUCCCUGCAGGCGUGAACAUAGCGUACAUGUGCACUCAAAUCAAGGAAGCCGUCGAAGAGGAGCAGAACAAGACCCUCUGGGUGCCCUCCGUGCAGGCCUGACCCCUGCCCCCCGCGCCGCG